AUGAGACUUAGCCAGACAACACUGAGACUGAGACUGUUCCCAUUGUCUCUUAUUGGAGAGGCAACAAAUUGGUUGAAUGAGAUGCCUGAUGACUCAAUUAGGACUUGGAUUGAACUAAAGGAAGCUUUCCUGGAACGAUUCUUUCCAGAGUCAAAAGAGAUGGAAAUGAAAGAUGAGAUAAGUGCCCAUAAACAGCUACCAGGAGAAGCGAUGCAUGGCACCUGGUGGAGAUUCAGCCGAAAGCUGAAGAAUGUGUGGAGGAUCAUUUAUGAGGAAGCCAUUCUCAGAGAGCAUGCAACUGAUAGACGAGGUCGGAACUACUCAAGGAAAGGACAGUAUGAUAGGCCAGCAAAUAGAGAGCAGGGAAACUGGCAGAACAGAGUUGGGUAUAGAAAUGAUCACAGUGGUGUGUAUGUUCCCCCAAGUAAUAGAGACCAGGCAAGUGGUAGUUCCAGCGAGUCUAAGCUGGUAGACAUGUUAGACAAGGUACUCCAAAAAGUUGAAUCAACUGAUGCAGGGGUAAAGGAGAUGAAAGGUGAUUUCUCCAGUAUGAGUCAACUGGUAGACUCUUACACCACCUCCAUCAAGAAAAUUGAGCAGCAGUUGGGGCAACUUUCAGCCUCAUUAAAUCAGAGGAAGAGUGGGUCACUACCAAGUGACACGAUCCAAAACCCUAAGAAGGACAAACAUUGCAUGGCUAUCGCCAGCAGGAGUGGUAAUAUUCUUGCUGACCCAAUUUCUACAGGUACUAACCAUGAGCAGGUGUUGGAGCAAGCUGGAAGAGAGGAGGAUGAAGCUGAACAAGUAGAUGACUUAGAGGAUACUCAACUAAUAGCAAAACCAGCAGGAGAAAAAGAAAAAGAGGUUAAAGGAUCUUUGCCUUUACAGCAAAUCCCAAGACCACCUCCUUAUUUCCCUCAAAGGCAAAAAAAGAAAGCCGAGGAUGGGAAAUUCACUAAAUUCAUCACCAUGCUGAGACAACUAUCAGUGAAUAUCCCACUAGUGGAAGCACUAGAGCUGAUGCCAGGAUAUACCAAGUUCAUGAAAGACUUGGUUACAAAGAAGAGAGUUGUAAGUAUUGAUAUGACUAACCAUGUUCAUCACUGCAAUGCUAUUGCUACCAGGUCUCUGGUACAAAAGAAAGAGGAUUCGGGUGUAUUCACCAUACCAUGCACUAUAGAUUCAAUAAAAUUUGCAAAAAGCCUUGUGUGA